UAUUCUUCUUCUACUGUUUGUGUGUAUCGACGGCCGCUGUCCACCUGUGUCUGUUAUUUUUAACAGUAAAAUUGCAUUUUGUGAAGAUGUCGGAGGAUCUGCGGUCAGAACUGGAGAAAUAUCUUCAGACGUUGAACAUCCAUACGAUCUGCGUGGAGCACCCGCCGGUCUUCACGGUGGAGGAGAUGAUGCCUCACCUGGAGCAGGUGAGCGGAGCCGUCAGUAAGAACCUCUUCCUGAAGGACAAGAAGAAGAAAGGCCUGUGGUUGGUGUCGGCCCGCCACGACCGUCAGGUGAACCUCAAUGAACUCGCCAAGAAGCUUGGUGUCGGCAGCGGUAACCUGCGCUUUGCUGAUGAGGCGGCCAUGUUGGAAAAACUGAAGGUAGGUCAGGGUUGUGCGACGGCUCUUGCUCUGCUCUUCGAUAAGGACCACAGCGUGAAGUUCGUCCUGGACCGAGACCUGGUUGAAGGAGGCCACCAGAUGGUUUACUUCCACCCCAUGACCAAUGCUGCCACCAUGGGCCUCCGACCCGAAGACCUGCUGCUCUUCCUCAAGGAGACGGGACACGAACCGAUACUGGAGAGCUUUGAGUAGGACGAGACCUGGACCUGGAUCUGGGUCUGGACUGAAAAUGGGACACAAGCAGCCUGAAAGGCACCAGACUUCUAAAUAAACUUGGUGCAUUAUAUUGGAGGAGGAUAAUGAAGAUUUGCUGCAGAUUUGGACGCCAGUUUGUUUCAAAUAUUUAAAAAUACAUUUUCAAAAUAUUAAAAUCAAGCAAACAUUUUGAAAAGUCUUCAUGUGACACAUCCAAAUUAUGCCACUUUAAAUGAGACACUAAUCAGCUUCUCAUUACACAAUUUAAUGUUCACUGAGCUUCCAUUGAAUGCCACCUGUUUCUCAGUCAAGAAGACAAACUAUAUUUUAGAUUUAUUGUUUUAAUAUUCUGUAUAUCUUCUGCAUUAUUUUAUAUAAAUUUAAUUCAACAUUC